CCAAGAAGAAUUUUGAAAAGAUGACUGAAAUUUACAGAACAAUUUCCACCGGACGAGGAGACGACGUUUCGCCGACUAAAUGCCGUGAGCGUCGUCGUCGGAGAAUCCAGAUGCGGAGACAAGCGGCGGUUUUCGGCGAUCCUAGUUCGUCUAGGAAUCGUGAUCGGACGGACAUGGAAGUUUACUCACGUUUUGACGUUCCAUUGAGGAAACAAGCUCGGAGAUCAGAGAUCGGUGGUCUUCCCGCGGAUAUCGGAGGUUUCAUAGCACCUCCGACAUCUUCUUGCCAGAUAUCGGAAGCGCCGGUGUGGAAGGGAGAGCAAACGGAGGUUGAGCCGUUGUACGGAAUAGUUUCGGUUAUGGGAAGAUCUCGUAAUAUGGAGGAUUCGGUUACUGUUAAACCAAAUUUGUGUAAACCGGAGGUUAAUCGGAAAAGACCGGUUCAUUUCUUCGGUGUAUACGAUGGCCACGGCGGUUCUCAGGUGUCAACAUUGUGCAGCACGACGAUGCACACGUUAGUCAAGGAGGAACUAGAGCAAAAGCUCGAAGAGGAAGGAGGAGGAAGCGAAAACGACGUCGUGGAGAAGAAAUGGCGGGGAGUGAUGAACCGGAGUUUCAAGAGGAUGGAUGAGAUGGCAACGAGCACAUGUGUGUGUGGGACUAGUGUGCCGUUGUGUAACUGCGAUCCGAGGGAGGCUGCGAUUUCGGGUUCAACGGCAGUUGUGGCGGUUUUGACGCAAGAUCAUAUAGUAGUAGCCAACACUGGUGACUCACGUGCCGUGUUGUGUCGAAGCGGAAUGGCUAUUCCUCUUAGUAAUGAUCACAAGCCGGAUAGACCAGAUGAGCGUGCGAGGAUCGAAGCAGCUGGUGGUCGAGUUUUAGUAGUGGAUGGAGCUAGAGUUGAAGGAAUUCUAGCCACGUCGAGAGCCAUAGGGGACAGGUAUCUGAAACCAAUGGUAGCAUGGGAACCAGAAGUAACAUUCAUGAGAAGGGAAGCUGGAGAUGACUGCUUAGUAUUAGCAAGCGAUGGGCUUUGGGAUGUGCUCUCGAGUCAGCUAGCUUGUGACAUAGCUAGGUUUUGUCUCCGCGAAGAAACUCCCUCGAGCCUUGAUUUAAACAGAAUGGCUCAAGAAGACGACAAUGACGGAGAACAGAACCCUUCAAGGAGUGUAUUGGCUGCAACGUUGCUUACUCGGUUGGCUUUGGGUAGACAAAGCAGUGACAAUAUAAGACGAGCUUUGGAAGAACUCAGAAGUUCUUUAUACAAUGAACUUAAAACAUCAGAAAAUGCUAAACGGCAACAACAGAGAUUUUGUGGCCCUGUUGUUGCAAUGUCCUUCAAUUUCAUUGUUGCUGUUGGAAUCAUCCUCGCCAAUAAAUUAGUGAUGGGAAGAGUUGGAUUCAAUUUUCCAAUCUUUUUAACAUUGAUUCACUAUACUGUUGCUUGGAUUCUUCUAGCUUUCUUCAAGUCUCUCUCUUUGCUUCCGAUGUCUCCUCCUUCAAAGACUACACCUUUCUCAUCUCUCUUCUCUCUUGGAGCUGUCAUGGCCUUUGCUUCGGGGCUCGCUAAUACCAGUCUCAAACACAACAGCGUUGGAUUCUAUCAAAUGGCUAAGAUCGCAGUGACACCAACGAUUGUUCUGAUGCGUCUUAGAAUCAGAAAAGAUUACAAUGAAACAAACGUGGAGACUGUGCUCCUACAAGACAGGAAAUGGGAAAGUGGUGAGAUUGGUUUCCUCACAACAAGGAAGACUCAGUCUCAUUAUUAACUGAAACAAAUGCAGAAGCAAAUACUCAAACCAGACACUUCCUACGACAUGUACUUUCUGUUUGGGAAUUUGGUUCGGUUUGAAGUGCGCCGGUUUGGUCCAAUACUCUCAUCAACCGGUUCUCUGUCUCACGAAUAAGUUAGAAUGAAUGUGUACCACAAACUUUAUUCUUUGUAUGUUUUGCAAUUGCUAUAAAUAAUGGAAUCGUCU